ACAGGGGGUGGCGACCUUGACACAGAUAGAGCCCUAUCUGUGCACGUGCCUGAAGUGGGACAUCAUUCAAACUGGUGAAUAGGCUAAUAGUGUUAUUGGUGUGCUCUGCUCGUCCCCGUUAUUUCACUUUCACUCCACCGCGUGCAUGUGAAGUCACUAAUGUUGAAGAGGACAGUGCCGUUUCCGAUUGUGAUGAGGUGGACUCUCGCUCUCUCUCUCUCACACACAUAGUAACCUACACCCACUCACAGCACGCGCCCCGCGCACCGCUCCGCGCACUGCUCAUCCAUACACUCGCAUGCAGAACGCGCGCAUCGCUGUGCUACUGUCUUGCAAAAGGCAAUAGGUGCGUAUCCUAAAAGGUUUGUUUUUACUGUUCUCAGCAAACGCCUUAUUCUGACAUCUUCUAGAGAGUUUGGCAGCACCUGCUCCUGUUUCUGGGGUCAACAAUUGCAAAGGAGACUUCUGAGAAAUAGUGACAGACAGAGUGAGGAUGUGUGGGGUGGACUUGGAUCUGGACGAGGGGGGCUCAGGCGACGAGGAGAAGGAGCAGGAGGAGUUCUGGGUGGGUGAGAGGGUGAAGAUGCUGCCUCCUCCCACGGCCCACAGUGAGGGCAGCGCAUGGGGUAGCCGUCGGGGCAGUUGUGGCUGUGUGGCGUGCGGUGUGGGGCUGCUGCUGUGGAAUGUGGGUUUGGCCUUGGUGUGUGUCCUGGUCCUGGUGGCCGUGUUUGCCCUGGUCCUGCUGCCCGCCUCACUGCUGCUCUACGCCGGCUUCCUCUGCCACUCACGGGUCCUAGAUUCCCCCUCUCCUAUCUGCCGUUACCUCGACGACAACAGUUGCUCCGCCCUCAUCAUCCUGGGCUUUGUGAUGAUGUCACCGCUGGUGGUGGUGGCGGCGGCCAUCUUCUGUGGGCUGCUCCGGAGGCUGCGACUCCUGCUGCUGUUUCAGCCAAUAACAGGUGCAUGGUACCAUGGACGGGGCUUGGACUGGGGGGGUGAUGUCCGUGCCUGGGUCUGAUUGGACCAAUGCUCGAAGAGUUCAAUAGGUUAACAGUCAAGAGAGAAUCGAGUCCUGGAGAAUCGCAGUGUCAAAUCUAUUUAGUGUCCUAUUAAACUGUAAUGAAUGUCAUACAAUCGAAUGGAUACAAUGUGAACCAGUCCAAUUGUUUAAAGACAGAGCUUUACAUGUGGCUAUAGGGCUGUUGCUGGUCAGAAGGAAACAGUGGAGGUAAGGGUGGAAUAUGCUAGCAGCUCUUCUCUGUGGAUUUGUAUUGGUUAUGUAUAUUGAUCUAUUUUCAAUUAUCUGCUAACUUAUAUGGUUGUGAAUCUUGAUGUAGCAGAAAAAUGUAACUAUCACUCAAAUGUCUAGAAUGGAAGGAAAAUACGUUUACAAGCUUACUUAUUUAGCAGAUUUUGUUCAUUCUAUUGAUUUCGUUAUAUUCACCAUCUUGUAAAAGUGCCAUGUAAGCUACCUCAAUGUAAGUAUAGUUCAUAAAAGUAGCCUAGGUUGCUCUACAUCAGCCAUGUGUGAACGGGAUGAGACAGAAUUGUAGCCUUUUCUUUUUCUGUUGUGUUUGUUUUUUUGUUUAGUAUAUUGGCAUAUUUUCUUGCUAAAAAUCAUUCUGAUGUGUUUUAACAGAGCCGUCAUUACUAAUUUUGUACUUAUCAGAUCCUACCAACGUUACAUUUCUAUGUACCUAGUAAUUGACUUAUAUGUAAACACAUUACUGGUAAUUCCCCUUAAUUGCGGCCACCGUAAAAGGAAUUGGAGCUGAAAUGCCAAGUCUUUGAUCCGUCUAUCUUUAAAUAACACAUAGUAGAGGCUAAUGGCGAGGACACUUAGUUCAAAUAGAUAUACAGUUUUAAAUCCAUGGACAUUUCACUGUCAUUAUCUCACAUAGAUCUUUAUAUGAUGUGUGGUAUGAUUCAUAUCAGAUAAUGCCUAGACAUUCCUCAAUCUGCUCCUGAGAGACAGUGUGGUUCUAUGUGAUAUUACUUAAUAGAGUGCCUCUCUUCCUACCAACAUGGUCUACUACUUUGAAAGCAUUACUCAAUAGUAUGUUAAUCACUGUUUAUCAUAAUUUUUUUCAAUUUAACCUUUAACUAGGCAAGUCAAUUAAGAACAAAUUCUUAUUUACAAGGACGGCCUGCACCGGCCAAACCCGGACGACACUGGGCCAAUUGUGUGCCGCCUUAUGGGACUCCCAAUCACGGCCGGUUGUGAUACAGCCUGAUCAUUUGAGAUCUAAAGACGUUACUCAUGGAAAGAUGGCAUCCAGUAGUCAUGUUGUUGUCUGAGGCAGACACACAUUUACACAGUGUAUAGAGCAUAAGCACCCAACCAAAAAUCCCCAUCUCAUAAUUUAGCUAUACAUUUGAAUCAACUUAAAUAAUUACUUGAAGUGAAUUGAACUCAAUAGACUCUACUUAUUGAACCAUGAACUAUAUCAGAACAGUUGAUGGUUGUAGCCAAUCCACAUUCUGUAAAUGUAUGUUAUUGAAGAAUAAACCUGUUGACAUACUUGUGUUGAUGUUGCAUCUUACACACACUUCAAACACUAAUGGUGAUAGAGGGAGUGCCAGUACAGUGGGUGUGCAGUGGAAUGACUCACUCUGCCUGGGAGAGGGUUUGAUAGUCAUCUCCAGACUCCUCAAACUCUCCAACUUCAAAUGUACUGCCUCGUACAUGCACUUAUUCAUUUCCCCCUAAUGUGGCCAUAUUAACUGGGGUUUAAUGUAACCCAUUUUCACACGGCAAUAUAAUCGACUGUUUUAGUUUUUUUAUUAACUUUGGACAUUACUGUAACACAGGACAUAUUUCAAGUAAACAUUUUAAAGUAG